UUUAGUAAUCAAUUAGUUGUAUAUUAGUGUUGGAUAAUUAACACAAUUAAAUGUUGCAGUUAUGAAUAGAUUUGUAUAUAACUCUCUCUCAUGAUAUAAUCAUACAAUUGUCAUUUGAUUAAAAAUAUAAUGUAUUACUAACAAUAUAUAGAUAUAGACGUUUCCGCUUUUGUUGAUUUGGAGACCUAUCCACACUACAUACACUGUACUCAUGCAUUACUAAGUAGGUCAUUUGAUGUGUCAUACAGGAAUGUUUGUUUUAAAAAUAAUUCAAAUCACAUUGAAUUAAUCACAACUCAUUAUAAUGUGUGUAUAUAUAUAUAUAUAUGAGUUAUAUAACUUCAUAAUGGAUAUAAAAGUUAAAAAAAAUCUUUUCACUUCUUUAUUCAUUUCAUACCUUAUCAACAAACAUUCUGCAUAGUAACCAGAAAAAGAAUGGAAAAAAUGACAUUGAAAAUUGCCUUUAGUUUUAUACAAUUAAAUGAAUUUGAUUCAUAUCGUUAUGGUAUUAUUCUACCAUUCAAUAAACAAAUUAUAUGUAAACAAUUUAAUUUAAAUCAAUGGCCAAUAACAAAAUUAUGGAGGAAGAUUUUUCGAAAUAUAUUUCAUUGCAAAUUAUUACAACGUUUUCAUGAAUCUAAAUUAUUAUUAUUGAAUAAUAAUAAUCAUCUUAUUAUACCAUAUGAAAUUGGCAUAGAUUAUAAUCAUUUCACUAUAUUAACAAAUUAUUAUCCAUUCGGUAAUUUAUUUGAAUGGUUUCAACAAAGAUUCACAUUCACUAUUGAAGAUAUAUAUUAUAUUAUAAAAUAUUUAUGUGAAGCUGUCAAUUAUUUACAUAGUAACCAUAUUUACCAUGGUAACAUUAAACCAUAUAAUAUAUUCUUUAAAACAUUUCAUCCUAAAUCAUUAUCCUUAGUAUUAGAUUUUAGUGUAUUAACAGAAAUCAAUAUAUUAUGUAAUCAUAAUGAUACAAAAUUAUUUAUAUAUUGGUCACCAGAAUAUAUGAUACAUGUUAAAGUAACCAUGGAUGAUAUAAAUGUAAUUCAAAAAGACAAUAUAUGUUAUAUGAUGAAAGAAUUAUGGAAGAAAAAAUCAAUGGAAUUAGAUACAUGGUCUAUUGGUGUUAUUAUGUAUUUAUUAUUGACUGGGAAAUUACCAUUUAUUGAUCAAUAUAAAGAAUUGAAUACAUUUAUGAAUGAUAUCAAAACAAAUUCUAUACAAUUAAAUCAUUCAUUAUUAUUAUAUAAUAUUGAUAAAUCAAUAUAUCAAAUCAUUAAUAUGUUAUUACAAAUCGAUAUACAUCAACGUAUUGAUCUUAAUCAAUUUAUGAUAAUCAAUUGGUUGCAUAAUAUUCAUCAUGAUAAUAAACAAAGAGAUAUAAAAUCAAUUAUAGAAUAUAAUUUUUUAACUACAUUUAUACAACAUCAAAUGGAAUCAGAGAAUACAUUGAAACAAUUAAAACAUUUUAUGAAAAUUACAAAUUCAAAUGUACAGUGAUAAUCAUGAUGAUGAUGAUGAUGAUGAGGAGGAGGAGGAGGAGGAGAAAAAAGAAUUCCAAUUUGACCAAUUAGAAAAUAGGAUGAAAAAAAUAAUACGUUUUCCCCCUUAGCAACUAAAUGUAUUUAUGAGAAAUACCAAAAAAAACGAACAAUAAUAACGAAAAGUAAUUAUGAUCAAUACAAAAAUGUUUCUAUGAUAUCUAAUCAUUUGUUCAAUUCAACUAUGAAUGAAAAAUAAAAUAAUAACAGGGAAAAUUAUUACUUUUUUUCAACAUGAUAAUACACUUUCAAGAUGUUUUGGUCAAAGUGACCAUUUUAUUUUCAACUUGCAGUGUAUUUCUUUGAAAAUGUUGGGAUCAGAUUGUUCAGCGAAAAUGUUGGAUUUACAUUGAACUUAUUGGCUGAGAUUUCUUCUUCAUUAAAAGUAUUUUAAUAGAGAAUUGAAAAAAAAGAAAACAUGAUCUCAGAUCUUAUUGAUUAUCUAUCAAAAACAAUAUGAAAACAAUGAUUCUUAUUAAUCAGUGAUGAUUAAUUAAUGCCAAGACAUUAUACUAUUAAUAUAU